UUUUUCUGCGUUUUGGUUUUCCUGGCCAAUUCUUUUUAUUUGCCUACGCAAAACGCAUGUGUUAAAAAUUUUACGUUUUUAUUAAUUUAUUACAUUUUCAUUUUUAAAACAACUUAAGAUACAAUUUUAAGACAUACAUUUAGUUUUAGAACGAUUGGUAAUCAUGCCAGACACAUUCACGUGUAUAACGUGCCAGGUUUUGUUUCGGUCUGCGGAUUUACAACGUGAACAUUACAAAUUGGACUGGCACAGGUACAACCUGAAGAGGAAAGUAGCCUCUAUUCCGCCUGUCACACUAGAAGAGUUUGAACUUCGAGUGAAAGAGCACAGGGAGUCUGCUGAAAACGCUAAUCGCGAUGAGUCUGUGUAUUGUAAGUAUUGCUCAAAAUUGUUCAACACCGAAAACGCGUACACCAACCAUUUGAAUAGUAAAAAGCACAAGCUAGCAGAAGCCAAAGGUUUACCUGAGAAAAGUGAAGGCACAAAACCGGACGAGGAGGGUAGUCACUCCGAUAGUAAUAGUUUUGAGAAAAUCGACACAAACAAAGUGGCACAGGCAUCUAAGUUUGUUGUUGUUAAUCCUAAUGAUUCUGGAGACGAAGAAAUUGAGACUGAUUCUGAAAUUGAGGAGCUGGACUCAGAUGAAUGGGAAGAAUGUCAUAUUAAGGGUAGUGACUCCUUGAUAAAGCCUAAGGAAUGCUUGUUCUGUGGUCACAGCAGCAAGAAUAUGGUAAAGAACCUGAAACAUAUGUCGGAAACUCACUCUUUCUUCAUUCCCGAUAUUGAAUACUGCAUAGAUGUCAAGGGACUCUUAUUAUAUCUUGGAGAAAAGAUAUCACAAGGCUACAUGUGUCUCUGGUGUAAUGAGACAGGUCGCACCUUCUACUCCAUGGAUGCAGCUCGGGGCCAUAUGAUUGACAAGGGUCACUGCAAAAUGCUGCACGAAGGGAUAGCUCUAGCCGAAUAUACUGAGUACUAUGACUACAGCUCAUCAUACCCCGACAAUGAAGAAGGUGAUGAGAAUAUGGAUGUAGAUGAGGAGGUGGAGGGUCCUGCGGCGUUGGGCGGUGAUGAUUACCAGCUUGUUCUACCAUCAGGAGCAAUCAUUGGUCAUCGGUCACUUAUGAGAUAUUACAAACAACACAUAUCUUCCAAUAACCAAGUGGUGGUUAAGAAGUCGGACCGCAAGUUGCAUCGGGUUCUGGGAGCUUAUAAGGCACUGGGAUGGGCGCCUAAGGAGCAGGCAGUGGUGGCCAAGACGGCUCGAGACAUACACUUCAUGAAGAGGGUGCAGGCAAAGGCUGAGAUGCGACUGUCUAUCAAGGCCAACAAGUUCCAGAAACAUUACCGCCCACAAGUUAUCUUCUAGUCUCAUCACUUGUUCUCACUUGGUCACACGUGCGCGAUAGACCCCCCUUACAUUCCUGAAAGGGCAAUUUUUAAAUUCGUUAUUUUUUAAAUUAUAAUAUUUAAGGGCCUUAUCACACUGGCGAUUAGCGAGCAAUUUGAAAGCGACGCGAUUGCGCAGCGCUCACGCCGCGAUGACGUCGCGAUUGCGUGCACGCAGCUAGCCUUCGGCGUUUUGGACACUCAGCAGCAAAAUGGAUUCUGACGUCACUCCC